AUGGUAAAUGGGAGUGUCGCACAGAACCUUUUGGCCAAUGACUCUAUUUUGAGCUCGACUGGCCUCACUGUGGCCAGCGACAAUGCCUUGGUGGCUUUGUCUACGGCAAUAUCGUUACUGCCGCAGGCGUCUAAUGCUAUUUUCACAAUUAGUGCAAGCAUUAUCUCCGGAAUUUUCUGGCAAACACUGCGGUUCUUUCUGCUUCGAAUCCCAUCCUGGCUCAUGCUUUCAUCAAGCAUCAACAUCACAGUCUCUUUCUCUACUUUAAUCCUGCUGUUCCUGGCAUCGAUGUUGACAACUUAUUACAUGCUCAGAAGCAGAUUCCUCAAUGCUUACAAGCGUUUGCAGCCCGAUGACAAUGAAGAAAAGUUGAUCAAAGACGAAAAAUCUCGCGAUGAGGCAGAAGCCCUUUUCAUGAGUAGGAACGAAAGCGCUCCAAAAAUUGGCUACACCUCAUACCUUGACGAGUUUCUGAGUGCCAUCAAAAUCUUUGGGUAUCUGGAAAAGCCGGUUUUCCACGAACUGACUAAAAACAUGAAAACCCGUCGUUUAGAAAAAGGCGAGGUUCUUCUAGUGGAUGACACACUCGGUUUCGCCAUUGUGGUCGAGGGCAGCUUGCAGACGUUCCACAAAGUCCACCGCUCGCCACAAGACGCUCAACCGGACUUUUUCGAUCGCGAGCACCCAAGUGAUAGCACCAGCGAUGACGGAAUGCCACCUGGCUGCGACGCGUACACUUUGAACGGAGAGAAAUACCAGCUUUUAAACACUAUCAGGGCAGGUAACCCUGUCUCCUCUUUGGUAAGCAUAUUGAAACUAUUCACGGGUAGCGACGCUCAUUCAACUCUGAAGAGCAGGCUCACAAAUCAGCAGUUGCGUAGCGAUUCUCAUCGCAAUUUGAUGUCACCUUUUUUGGACGCCACACUCGAGCGUCACAGAUCGGAGCUUUUGAGUGCCAAUGGGACUUCCAAACCAUCGUUUGAAACAGGAGCCGACGAUCUUGAGCCAGAAAUGGACCCUCUCAAUACAGGUGAAAAUCUUCAACACGACGUGCCUAUUGAAGCCGAUGAUUCUACCCCUCUGGAAGGUGCUUUACCGGAUAUCAUCGCCUCUGCGUCCGAUGAUUGCACUAUCGCAAUCAUCCCGGCCUCCGCCUUUCGCAAAUUGACUUCGAGGUAUCCGCGUUCAGCAUCUCAUAUUAUUCAAAUGGUUCUCACAAAACUCUACAGAGUAACUUUCCAGACCGCUCAUAGCUACAUGGGGCUGACCAAAGAAAUCAUGAGCACUGAAAUUGUUUUGAAUCGGUCCAAUCAGUAUGAGCUACCUUUUUACCUCAAAGAAGCAGCGGUGCGUAAGAUCAAGCUUCAGGAAAGCUCGAAGGCCGAACCCGGUGAAAAACAGGCACCAUCAAGUGCAUCGAGGGGUAACAUUGGUACUAAUGGAAUGAAAGGUCGAAAGAGACCUACUCCCCAUAGCUUUCUGCAAAAUCGAAGCUCCCGCCAUGUUGUCCUGGACUCCAGGGACCAUUUUAACCCUGGUGAUCUUCUUUCAAACGUUCCUCUCUCUCGUAAAGAACAACCUGUGGCUCGCGGCACAUCCAGCGGGUCCUUCUAUCCAUCGGAUGGCACCAGCACUACCAAGAGUACUAAGAACUCGAUGGGACCUAUUGAUGCUUCUCUUUCUGCACUACCAUCCCUAACAGAUCACGCCAUGCAAAAGAACAAGAGUAGUCAUAGCGCGACUGUGAACUCAUCUAAAGCAGACGAUGACAUUAGAGCAAGAACGUUUUCUGCGGUCCAGGAAGAAACUGAAGAGUCAUCUUGGAGAAUUGCCGUAGUGGAGUGCGUUUUUUCAUACCUCGGUAUCACCAAAGAAAACAUUUUACCCGAUUCCCUGGAUGACGACGCAUCAUCAGUGGCUUUCCGAAAGUCCUCAGACGCGUCAAUUACGCCAUCUUCACAGGUAGCUACUCUUCCUGCUUUGCGGAUCUUAUCCCCGGAACAACUAAACACGAGUAAGAAGCUCAGGGCCAAGCAAAAAUCUGAAUAUAGAGAGGAUAUUCCACACAAUAUUGAUUUCGACACGGUUAAAGAUGAAUUUGCCCAGGGCCUAAAAAUGAUGUUCAUCAGUCAAGGGUCCACCAUUGUCUCGCAAAAUGCCCACAAUCGAGGACUUUUCUAUGUCAUCUCCGGUGCCAUUGAAGUUGUUUGGACCAAUGAAGAGGAUAACAAGGAACACAUACUUAAUACCGUCAAACCUGGUGGAAUUGCUGGAUACUUAGCGUCGCUUGUUGGGAGCAAAUCAUUUGUUACACUCAGAGCCAAAUCAGAUCUGUAUGUGGGAUUUCUUCCCGCGUCAAUGCUUGAAAGGCUAUGCGACAAGUACUUCCUCAUAUAUUUGAGGGUAGCAGAAACUCUGACGAAUUUUCUAAACCCAAAGAUUCUAAAGCUUGACUAUGCGUUGGAGUGGAUACAUUUGGAUGCCUCUGAAGUUUUAUAUCAUCAAAAUGAUCCUGCAAACGCUAUUUAUGUCGUAUUGAGCGGAAGGUUGCGACAGUUACAUCAAUUGGAAGAUAAGAGUCAAGAUUCUGCUGGAAAGAAACCCAAGCAGCAGGAGGCUCGAGAUGGUCGCAAAGUUAGAGCGAUUAGAGAGUAUGCACAGGGUGAAAGUUUAGGCGAGGUUGAUGUCUUGACGGCGAUAAACAGGCUUUCUACCGUUGUGGCAUUGAGGGACUCAGAAUUGGCUCGCAUACCUAGAGCACUGUUCGAACUACUGGCCGUAGAGCACCCAUCAAUAAUGAUUCGCGUAAGUCGACUGGUAGCGAGGAAAGUAUUACAGCAACAGCGUGGAAUUCAAUCUUCCGAGACAGUAAAAGAUGGCCAAAAUUUCAAAUAUGACUUCAACCUGCUCAUACCUCCAACUCAGACUACGAAUGGGUCAGUAAUCAACUCAAAUCAUGAAGAAGAAGCUAAUUACGAAGGAGGGGGGAGACACAGUUACAGAACUAUCUCUGUGCUGCCCAUCACCCGUGAUCUAUCUGUCGAAGGGUUCGCAUCUAAACUAGUUAACGCUUUGAAGCAGGUCGGGAUGUCUACAAUUGGCCUUAAUCAAUCGGCCACUCUAUCCCACCUGGGCAGACAUGCCUUUGAUGGUUUAUCGAAGCUCAAACAAUCUGGCUACUUUGCGGAACUGGAAGAACUAUAUGAUACUGUGGUCUAUAUAGCCGAUACGCCUCCAAACUCUACCUGGACGACCACUUGCAUCAAUCAGGGUGACUGUAUCUUGCUUCUCGCAGAUUCGGCUAUGUCACCUGCUGUUGGCGAGUUCGAGCGACUUUUGAUGAAAAUGAAGCCAAACGCCAGAAUUGAACUGAUAUUGUUACAUCCAGAGAGAUACGUGGAACCAGGUCUCACUCACAGAUGGCUAAAAAACCGUGUGUGGAUCCAUUCACACCAUCAUGUGCAGUUCUCAAACUCGACGUACAUGCGUGAUUCAAAAUCUUCCGCCGAGAGCAUGCCCUUCUCUAUGAAUUUUAUCGAAAGCCUCAAAACAAGGGAAAGAUUCAAUACGAUAACCAAGCAGACCCAGGAAAACAUAUCGCGAUUGUUACCCGAUUCCUUGAAAUCGACAGUAGAAAACUUAUCCUCAAGAUACAUGAGCAGAAAGCAACGCUAUUACACUCCAGUUCAACCCCACAAAGAUGAUUUUCUGCGGCUUGCACGGGUUUUAUCUGGCAAAGCGAUCGGAUUGGUACUAGGCGGUGGUGGAGCACGAGGAAUAAGUCAUUUGGGCGUCUUGCGCGCUAUAGAAGAAAAUGGCAUACCAAUCGACAUGAUUGGAGGAACCUCCAUAGGAGCUUUUGUGGGUGGACUAUACGCCAAAGAAUGUGACAUUGUUCCAAUUUACGGACGGAUGAAAAAAUUCGCAGGCCGCAUAGGUUCUUUCUGGCGGUUGCUCACAGAUCUGACAUGGCCGGUCACUUCUUAUACUACUGGUCACGAAUUCAAUCGCGGUAUUUGGAAAACAUUCGGUGACGUCCGCAUCGAAGAUUUUUGGAUUCAAUACUAUUGCAACUCAACAAACAUAACAGAGUCUAUUCAAGAAAUCCAUUCAACUGGGUACGCUUGGAGAUAUAUUAGAGCAUCUAUGUCUUUGGCUGGACUUCUACCUCCUAUAGAAGACAAUGGCUCUAUGCUCUUGGACGGUGGAUAUGUGGACAAUCUGCCCGUAUGGGAGAUGAAGGCUCGCGGAUGUAACACUAUUUUCGCGGUGGACGUUGGAUCCGUGGAUGACCGCACGCCGAUGAGAUAUGGUGAUUCCCUCAAUGGAUUUUGGAUCGUGUUUAAUCGCUGGAAUCCUUUUUCCGAGUAUCCAAACAUUCCCAACAUGGCAGAAAUACAGAUGCGGCUUGGUUAUGUAGCGUCAGUGAACGCUUUGGAAAAAGCCAAAAACACUCCUGGUGUUAUUUAUGCAAGACCUCCAAUAGAGGGCUAUGCUACGCUUGAUUUUGCCAAGUUCGAAGAGAUCUAUCAGCUGGGAACCGCUUAUGGACAUGAUUUUUUCCAGGAGCUCCAAAAGCAGAACAAGAUGCCCAAGAUACCAGGUUCUGAAGCCUUGCCUGAGGACGGAGACGCCAGAGACGGGUUGCUACAUAGGCGAAACAGCAUUUAA